AUGAGAAAUCAUGAAAGUCGACUUGCUGGUACUGCUCCAUUCCUAGAAGUGAAUGCUGUAAAUUUUCGCCCAACUAAGCGUGAAAGAAGUCCUAACCCCAGUCGUGGUUGUGGUCGUGGUUGUGGCAGCACCAGCAAUGCAAAAAAAAAAAAGGGGGAAGCUCCUAAAGCAGCGCCAAGGAUGAACUCUGAAAGUAAAUGCUAUCGAUGUGGAGGAAAGCGGCACUGGUCGCGUACCUAUCGUACGCCAAAGCAUCUGGUAAAACUCUACCAGAUGUCCCUUAAAAGGGCAGAAAAUAAUGUUGAAGCAAACUUCCUCUUUGAAGAUAAUGUCGAGCCCAUGGACUUGGAAGUUUCAGAUUUCUUUGUCGUUCCUGAAGAACAUGUAAAUCACCGUGUGGUGAUAAUUAUGAAAUAG